GUCGCGCCUAACCUCCCCGUGACCAACACGGCGAUGGACUACGACUUCAGCCAGCGCUUCCGGCUGGGGCGGCGCACCUUCUACCUCGCCGCCGACGACAUCCGGUCCCUGAAGCACCGCAUCGACGCGCUCGCCGCCGCCGCCGAUGCUGCCGCCGGCGACAGCGCCACCACCACCACCACCAAGAAGAAGAAGCCGGUGUCGACGUUCGUGGCGCUGGCGGCGCUGGGCUGGACGGCGUUCGUGCGCGCCAAGGGUCUCGCCGCCGGGGGCGACACGUACCUGGUCUUCCUGGCGGACCUGCGCGCGCGGCUGGACCCGCCCGUGGGCGACGGCUACCUCGGCAACUGCAUCAAGGGGUGCCUGGCGACGGCCGACGCCGGGGACCUCCUCGGCGGCGACCGCGGGCUCCUGGGCGCGUGCAGGGCCAUCCAGGCGGCGGUGGCGGAGAUGGAGGCGGCGCCGCUGGCCGGCACGGAGCGGUGGCUCCAGAGGAUGAUGACCCUGCCAUUCCAGCGGCUGUGCAACGUGGUGGCGAGCCCGCGGUUCCGCGUGUACAAGGCGUCGGACUUCGGGUUCGGGCGGCCGGCGCGCGUGGAGCUUGUGUCCAUGAACCACGACGGGGAGAUGGUGCUCGUCGGCGGGAGGGAGGACGGCGAGGUGCAGGUGUCCGUGUCGCUGGACCCCGCGCGCAUGGAGGAGUUCAGGGCGCACGUCCUCGGCCACCGCUCCGCCGCUCCGGCGGCGGCGAGCUGAUCGAACUGAAUUGAUGGAGGCGGAUCGACGACGACGUCAACCAUGCAAUCAAGCAACCGUUACCGUAGCUGUGUUAAUUUCUCCGUUAGAUUGUUCCAUCUUUGCGUUGUAAUAAUCGAUUCGACACACACGAUCAUGUCAAGAAUUACUAGCCGCAUCAGUAGUAUCAUGAACAGUUUAUUUGUGGACGCAAGGAGCCAAGGACGACGGCGACAUGAACUGAUGAAGAACUGCCUCUGCGUGGUUGAUUUGGGGGAGAGCCUAGGGUUGCUGAGCAUCGUUGUGUCCCAGGUAGAUGGCAGAUCGCAGAAGAUGAGAUGAGAAGGAAGCAUGUGUUGUCGCCACGCACGGAUAGGAUAUGAUGCAGACGGAUUGGCCGAUCAUGAUUUGUAUCGCCUGUCGAAGCUUCUGAUGACGGACGGCCCUUUGGCAGGCUAGGAUAGGACCUAGCGGAGCUCGCCCAAGGGUGGUGUCGUCAUCAUUGACGUAUCUGCUGUUGUCGGAUGCGCAGACGUUUGUCGAUCGUCAGUGUCAACUGCCAAAACUCAUGCCUCCUGGAUGAUCUCGACCAAGCAGCAGGAGCAUGCCGUAGACAAUUAGGAAAGAGCAAGCCCAGUGGUUGGCGUGGACAGGUUGGGCCGACUGCGACUGUACGGGGCACGCGACGAACCCAGCAUUCAACCAUUCAUUCAUAGCGGGCUGUUCGAUACGGGCCUGUCAUGUUUUUCGAUGUUUUUAUGAAUCAGUUUUUAAUCC